AUGUCGGAAACAUAUGAGAACGCUGUGAUCACCGUGGAGCUCAGCGAUAGCAAGCUGGAGGAGGUCAAGAAGGCUUAUCAGAAUGUGUACUACCAUCCUGAUGAACAAGUACCUGAGGAUCACCUCAAAGUAGCCGAUAUAUGGUACGCGAACUGGUCGGGAUUUCCACCAUGCGUUGCAGCUCUGAGUCAGAUCCCUAGAGUAAAAAUCCUGCAGCUGUCAUCCGCUGGCGCAAACAAUGCUUUACAAUCUGCUAUCAUGUCCAGCGAUGAAGCUAGGAAGCAGAUCAAAGUGUGUUCUUCCUCAGGCAUGCACGUUUUAUCUAUUCCCCAAUACAUCGUUGGGAACGUGAUUAAUUUGUAUAUGAAGCUGCAUAUACAACUACACAUCGCUAGAAGCAAAAGUACCUGGCCAGCUAGGGACCAGGUGGUCGAACGAUGCGGUGUCAGUGGUGAAGCCUUCCCUGGGAAUAGAUCUUUGUCCGGCAAGACCGUGGGCCUUUUGGGGUAUGGUCAUAUCGCUCGGGAAACCGCUAGAUUAUUCAAAGCGUUCAACUGUAAGAUCGUUGCGGCCAACUCGAAAGGAGAUAGACGUGCAGAGGAAGGGUAUCGUAUGCCUGGAACAGGGGAUGCCGAUGGCUCGAUCCCUGAGCAGUUCUAUUCCACCAGCGACGAGCAGUCUUUCCAAGAAUUCCUUGGUCGAUGUGAUAUCUUGGUAGCCAGUCUCCCUUCGACCCCGCAAACUACCAAUAUGUUGAAGCAGAAGCAUUUGGAAUCCCUUCCUCAUGGCUCGGUUUUCGUGAAUGUGGGACGAGGAGAUCUAGUCAAGUCUGAGGACAUUUUAGGAGCACUAGACACUCCAAGGGGCCUGUGGGGUGCUGUGCUGGACGUGACCGAUCCUGAACCUCUGACCGAAGGUCAUCCUCUUUAUACACACUCCAACGUCAUCGUCACUCCGCAUACCAGUGGAAGUGUGGAAGGAUACUUCGAUGUGGGCGCUGAUAUACUCAUCGCUCAAGCUGCCAUGUUAAGAGAGAACAGAGAAGCUUUGAAUGUGGUGGAUCCAGCCAAGGGAUAUUAG